AAUCAUAGAAUAUCUACAGUAAUCAAAAAUCAAAAUAUUUUGAAAACCAAAAUAAUAUCAGUUUUUUUUUGCAUUGCAUUACUUAUCAUAGGUUUUCAACUUUCAAUCUGAAGUAAUAUUAUUUAACAGUAAAUAAUUCUGUUUGUAGCAGUGCGGUGAACUCAUUUAUUUUAUUCUGUAUAUUAAAGCAAGCAACAAACGAGAAAUUUUUAUUCUGCAAUCUGCAAAAUAAGCACUUGUUCAAGAUGAUAACCAAUGCCCUUCUUUGCAAAAUUAUUACACGGAAACACGACUUUUGUUGUAUAUGUUUAAAAACAAUAGAAGGAGACCCUGUUGCUAUUGAAGACGAAGUCGUCUUGAAUGAUAAUGUGAUGAAGAUGCAGGAUGUUCUGUUUCACGUUCUAGGCUAUGAAACCUUCAAUAAUAUAUCAACGUUUGAAGUUCUAUGCAAGCAGUGCACCAAUAAUGCAGUCAACUGCUAUAACUUUGUAAUGACAACCAAAGAAACAUCUGAACUAUUGAAUAAUAUGAUUUAUAGCCUUACCACAUGUUUAGAAAACACAACACAACCAUUAAUCAAUGAUAAAACAUUAUUCGUGACCAUAGAUCCUAAUAACAUGGAAACGAAUAAUUAUUAUCAUGACAGAGUUACGAAGACAUUGAAUAUUGCUUUAAAAAGACUACACAAAAUGUUACAUCCUAAAUCUGAAAUAAAAGAAGAAAAGAAACAACAAAUAUCAACAACAAUAGAGGCAAAAGAAUCAGCAAAAUUGGACAAAAAUUUACAAAACAAAAUUCAGAUAAACACUGAGCGAAUAGAUUUAGAUGACAAACCAAGGAAAAGAAGACCAUACUUCUCUGUUCCAAUGAAAACCAAGCAAAUGCUUUACGAUGAAACUGACAGAACAACAAUAAAAUGCAAGGAUUGUUUGAAAUUGUUCCCUUCUCUGCCCAGUUUAAGAAAUCAUUACAUUGGGGUUCAUGCACCAAAGAAACAUGAAUGUGAAGUUUGCCAUAAAAAAUAUGCAUCGGAAACUUUACUAGAAGGGCAUAAGAAGUUAAGCCAUUGUACAGUAAUAUGCAGCGAAUGUGGCAAAAUCUUUCACAACCGUCAUACUUUUAAAAUGCACAAAAUAGGACACCAUUUAGAAAUUGUAUGCCAUGAUUGUGGAAGAGUUUAUAGAAGCCAAUCGUCGUUUAAGAAACAUAAAGAUUUAAAAAUAUGUGGCCAAAGUACUAGAGCGUCACCAGCCAAUGCUCAGUUUACAUGUGAUUAUUGUAAUAAGAAAUAUACACAAAAAGUUUCAUUGCGAGUACAUAUUCAAUACGAGCAUGGUAAUUAUAAAGGUCAUAUAUGCAAAUGGUGCAACAAAUCUUUCUAUGCACAGAGUAGAUUGAAAGCUCAUAUAGUCAAGCAUACACAAGAGAAAAAUUUUCCGUGUAACAUUUGCGGUGGACGAUACAUAACUAAGGAGUCAUUAUUGUAUCAUACAAGAAUUCAUACGGGGGAAAGACCAUAUAAAUGUGAUUUUUGUGAUAGUAGAUUUGUUUCAGCAUCUCGACGAUCUGAACAUCUAAAAAGUCGUCAUAGUGGUACAACGAAGUCCGUCUUUAAUUUGCAAUGACAAGAAUUUAAAUCAGCGGUGAAGCACAAUUAUC